GUCUGAACACAGGGCUGCACUUCCUCCGUAGGUUAGAUAACCUGCUCGGCGCACUCAAUUGGUUACAAUUCAAUUAGGUCAUUAGAAACGUAGGGAUUACGGUUCAUUAUACCUAGAAAGAGACGCUUUCAGCCCAAUUACUUUGUCUCUUACCCUAUACCCCUGUGAAACCAAGCCCGGCGGUUCAGUCGGAGGUGUAAACCCGCAAUACGACGGCCCUCAUUCAUGAUUCCGACAUCGUUCAGAGACAAUCCACAAAAUGGAAGAAGUUGAACAACCGUCCGGGCCGUCCGGAGAGCGGCAGACACGCACCGCUCAAGCAUGCCAACGUUGCCGGAGUCUGAAGACACGGUGUCUGCCAAGCGAGCGGGCAGGAACAUGUCAAAGGUGCUUUCAAGCAAAGAGGGACUGUACGUGGGCGGAGAUACCACGAAAGGCUAGACGAGCAAGGGGUCCUUCACGUAUCUCUCAAGUCGAGCAGAAAAUUGACGGGUUGGUGGCUACACUCGUCAAUUCAGAUGUUGCUCGGCCUGCAGCGGAGCCCGGACCUCUCCAGUCAACACAACCGCCCAGUCAUGGUAGCGGCACAGUGGCUCUUCCUGCCCAUACACGCUCUUCUGUCCCUGGCCGUUGGCAUCCGGUUGCAUCAUCGUCUGAGCAACCUUCGGAAUCAGAUCAGGAACAGCGCUCCGAGCAGGAUCGACGUUUCGCUGAACGGAUCCGCCAAAUUCAUCAUUUCGGCGACGAUGAAUCCGACUUGACUAGGCCUCCUGGCAGUAUGUUCAGCACUGCUGCGCGCGAUGAGGCACCUAUCCAAGGAGACCUAGUACAGGAACUGCUUUCGAGUGGUGAGGCCGACAAUCUGUUGAACGAGUAUCGCUCUAUGACUGAGUCGUACCCCUUUGUGCCUGUUCCAUCGCACGUCACUGCGCGUGAGCUCAGUUCCAGCAAGCCGAUGGUUUUUCUUGCCAUAUUGACCGUAUCAUCAUGGAAAAACCAUGCCCGUCAGAGGUCGCUCGAUGAGAAGUACCGUGUGGAGCUGGCGAACCGCACAAUCAUUCACCCGCGACGAACCCUGUCACUGCUUCAAAGCAUGCUCGUCUAUCUCGCAUGGUACCAUUUUCUGUUUAGCCACCAAACCCAGCAAAUAUACUCUCUCCUUCAGCUCGCGGUGGGAUUGGCAAUGGACCUUGGCCUGUAUCAGGAGCACAAAAGAGGGCUGCCUGUCCUAGGAAGGCAACGAUUCCGACCACCUUCUCCUGAAGAACAGCGGGACCGACAACGUGCUUUCCUCGGUUGCUAUUAUCUAUCUUCUGCAAUUGCCAUGGCUAUGAUGAAACCGAACCUACUCAAGUACACUGAGUACAUGGGAAAGUGUGGGAGGAAUCUCUACGUCAACCACGAAUUCGAAUCAGACAAGAUCAUCAUGCGGCUGAUUUCACUGCGCCGUAUUGAUGAUCAGAUCCACGACAGCUUCGACGUGGAAGAUGCGGCGAAUCUACCCAUCACAGACUCGAGGGUCUCUAUGAACUUGCGGUUUAUUGAAACUCAGCUGGAGGAGUGGAAGAGAGAUAAGAAUGAAGCGGACUGUGAGAGUAGAGUCCUCGACCUUUGUCACGCCUUCACUGACAUGCAGCUCCACGCCGUAUCUCUCCGCCCCGCACCACUAGAACUCCACCACCAAGGAGUCAGCAACACUACACAACUGAACUCCCUGCUCGCCACUCUCGAAGCCGGUAAACGCUUUCUCGACACCCUCGUCGCGUUCCCCACCUCCUUAUACCACACCAUAUCUUUCGCAGAAUGGAUCCGCUUCCCGCACGUCGUCGUCACCGUCUCCCGUCUCUGUCUAUCGAACGAAUCCCUGGCCACACUUCAGUGGGACGCUAAGGCUGCCCAGGACCGCGUGAGACUGGAUUUGUAUCUGGAGAGUCUGUGCUACAGGAUGCAGGGACUUUCGACGUAUGAUGGCCGGACACAGAAGAUGCUGGAUUUCUGGCAGGUGAUGCACAUGAUUAUGGAUUUGACCCGGGGGUGGUAUGCCAGGAGAGUGCAAGGGAUCAAUAACAAUGGGAAGAAGGGCACGAGGUCUGGGGGGAGAAGGUCCCAACACGCAACGCCUGGCGAGAGUAUGCCCACGCCAGAAACGAUGGAAGGGUUUGGGCAGUGUACCGCCGUUACAGACCAGGUGCCACCUAAGAUGCAAGGGUUCCAGAUAGGGAAUGUUGUUCCACAGGGGUCGUCGACGGGUGAUUUCUCGGGAGAGUAUGUGUCCGGAGUGGAAUAUAUGGAUGCGGGAGGUAUGCCGAUGGGUGAUAUGGGAGGGGACCCUUUUGCGUUCAUGCGGGAUAUGGAUAUUGACAUGGAUGCUUUCCUGGAUAUGGGGAUUUGGGGCACUGAGAGCUAUGAGGGGAUGGGUUUUGGGGGAGGAAACAUGGGGAUGUGAAUGACUGAGUAAUAAGGUGCAAUGCGCCGUCGAUUAGGGCAACUUCCUGUUCUCGCAUGUCUACAUGCAUCCUCACUAUCUUACUAUAUCAG